CAGGCACUUCAUUACCUGUGCAUCAGUUCAUCAUACUUUACCUAACAAACAUUUGCUUGUGACAGGCGGUGAGGUCAGCAUCGAGCACUAGCGGGUAGCGGCCACGAACAGAUGCAUGUGGACCAUAUAUAGCACCAUCAUCAUCCAGUACCACGGACGGACGGAUGGCUGGCCGUGCAAGUCAGUCCAUUUCGUACGACAUCAUUCAGGUAUAAGUAGCCAGUCUCCUUCCUUAGCUUGCAAGCCUGGGCUCUUAACCGACUAGCAGGCAGGAGUGACUGACCGAAGCACCUACCAGAAGGCCACCUGAUGCGUAUGAAUAUGCCACAAGGUCUCACGCCUGCUCCUGCAUCCAUGACGAUCCCGAUGGCGCAUUCCUCACGGCCGACGCUGGGGUUCCCCCUCGGCACGGCGCUCCUGCUCCUCGUCAUCUUCUCCCUCAGCGGCAUCUUCUCCUGCUGCUACCACUGGGACAGGCUCCGCUCCCUCCUCUGGUCUCGGCAUCCUGGGAUGCUCCAGGAAGGCCCGCACACCGUCAUCUCCAUCGGAUCGGCGCCGAGCAAGGCAGCGUCCGAGCACAAGAGCGAGAAAGCUGGAAAAGAGUGCGGGUUGCCCGUGAUCAUGCCCGGGGAUAACAUCGCGAAGUUCUACGCGAGGCCCUCCCCGCAUGAGGCGUGUUUACCUGCAGCGGCAGCAGCAGAGACGGGCGAGGUCGAGGUGCAAGUCAGAUGUUCAGUUUCGUGAGACCGUCAGUAUCUGUAUAUGAAAUCGUAGUUAGGUGCUAGCGACUUAUGAUUGAUAGAUAGAUUGUAUAUACGCAAGCAACUUAAGGUUGAUGGAUUGAUUGUGUUCAAGAAUGCAUUUUGACAGUUUUUCAGAAAAGAGGAAAAGAAAACCUUUCUUGUGCA